AUUUGUAUGAUCGCCACGGACUUAUCAUGUCUACCCAAUUACUUGUCAUCACUGGGGUUUCUGGCCAUGUGGGCUUUCGCGUGCUCGCCGAAGCUCUCAGCAGAGGCUACAAGGUCCGCGCUGUGAUUCGCAAGCCCGAACAGGCUCAGCUGAUCAAAAGUACGGAAUCUGUUAAGCCCUACCUGAGCCAUCUGGAGUUUUCUGUGCUUCCCGACUUGCUCCUACCUGGAGCCUUCGACGGCACUCUACGAGGGGCGACCGAGGUGAUUCAUGUUGCCUCCCCCCUUCCAGGACCAAGUGAUAAUUACAAGCGCGAUCUGAUCGAGCCGGCCAUCAACGCUACAGUGGGCAUUCUCAAAUCGGCUGUGAAGGUUCCGUCGAUCAGAAGGGUCGUUAUAACAUCGUCCAUUGCGGCUCUCCUGACUUGGGAAUAUAUCACCUCGCCUGACACGACCCGGGUGUUUACUGUGCGAGACUCUUAUAUCCCGCCUGGGCCUGAUACUCCCUUCGAAAAUGCCAUGCAAGCCUACGCAGUUUCCAAGGCAUCUGCCUUUGUUGCCACCGAGCGCUUUAUUGAAGAAGCUAAGCCGACCUUUGACAUUGUCAAUAUUUUGCCCUCCAUGGUGAUCGGAAAGAACGAGCUGAACCGCAGGAGGGAGGAGGUCGCCAGCGGCUCCAAUGCCACGGCCAUGGGCGUCUUGCUGACUACUACGAGCGAUAUGCCAGCGCUUGGAGUUUCAGUCCACGUUGACGAUGUCGCCAAGGCUCACCUUGAUGCCUUGAACCCCGCUCUCAUCGGACAUCGUAACUAUCUCUGCUCUUCUGGAGGGCUGGAAGGCACUACGUGGGAGCAGGCAAAGGAGAUCGUCAGGAAGCACUUCAGCAAAGAGGUAGCUGACGGGACUCUGCCCCUUGCCGGUAGACUCCCGAGCAGACCUAUUCGGUUGGACUCUUCGGAAACGGAAAAGGCCUUUGGGUGGAAGUUCGCCAGUUUUGAGGCGCAGGUGAAGAGCCUCGUUGGGCAUUAUCUGGAACUCUCGGUUUCAAAGUAGAGAUCUGUAUCUCUACGCAAGGACCUCUCUCGAAUCUUGAGCCCAGACCCAUGGGAUUCCCGAUGGGCCAAGCUCGUCUAUAAGCCGGCGAUAGGCUUGGCCGGCCGUUCGCUCUCCAGCGCUGCCCUCAAAUCAAACAAAUCAAAUCCAGAGUCAUAUUUGAAAUAUUAGAUGGCCUGCAAAGCCAGAUUUAUUAUUUAGAAUAUUUAAUCAAAUAUUUCAAAUCCCA